AUGGAACGAGAAGCGUUUCAAUAUGAUCCAGCCAAAAACUACGAUAGUCAUCCUGAACUUUGUAUUGGACGAAUGACCGAUGUUUGCUUUCAAAUGGCAUCUUUUGGAGUGUCGAAUGAGUUUGUUGACUCUGGUUUCAUGCCUACCAUCCGAGUUCAAGGACAAGUAUACCAUCCUGUAGGAUCUCUGUUACCACCUUCCAAUGACGAACCUAAAUUUCUUCAAAUUUACUUCAUGGGUGAUGAUCGGGAAGAAGUAAAACAACGUUGUAAAAACCUACCUGGCGUACGUCCGGAAAUUGUCGCGGAAUUGCAAGAAAUGAUUCAUGAGCAUAACAUUUAUAUUGAUCUUUUCGAGACUGCUCUUCAACGAAUGCCUUCUGAUCAAUACAAGAUGGUUAUUCGAGCGGACAAAAAACCUGCUGGAGAGCAUGCAAGACGUUUCAAUGAACCUGUGGUUAAUGAGGUGGCAGUCGUCAUAGCUGACAAUGAAUUUGAUAGACGAGAUGUCGCUUAG